UGGCGCGAUAACGUAACUGACCAGAAAUACAAUGGGAGUCCAUGGUCUCUGGGAACUACUCUCCCCCGUCGGUCGCCGCGUCUCCGUGGAAACCCUCGCCGGGAAAACCCUCGCCGUUGAUGCGAGCAUAUGGAUGGUGCAGUUUAUGAAAGCGAUGCGCGACGAGAAGGGGGAAAUGGUUCGCAACGCCCAUUUGCUGGGAUUUUUCCGACGCAUUUGCAAGCUUCUAUUCCUCCGCACUAAGCCGGUCUUCGUCUUCGACGGCGGGACCCCCGCCCUCAAGCGCCGCACCGUCAUUGCCCGCCGCCGGCAGCGCGAAAACGCUCAAGCUAAAGUCCGCAAAACUGCGGAGAAAUUGCUGCUCAAUCAUUUAAAGACAAUAAGAUUGAAGGAACUGGCUGAUGAUAUUAAGAGCCAGAGGAUGCAGAAGAAUAGUAAUACUAAGGGUCAGAAUGGAUCUAAUCAAAAGGACUUUGUUGGUAGUGAUUCAAGAGGAAGUCACGUGAAAGAGCUAGAUGAAAUGUCUGCAGCUAAAUUUGCAACUAAGGAGGACAUAAAUUCUUCACAGGCAACAUUAUCCUCAAGUUACAACCAGGAGGAACUUGAUGAAAUGUUGGCAGCAUCUAUAGCUGCAGAGGAAAAUGGAAAACAUGCUAGAAAAGGAGUGCCGUCUAUUAUAAUUAAUCCUUCAGAGGAAGAACACCGCACAGAAGAACAGAUUCUACUGCCAUCAGUAAAUGCAGAAGUUGAUGUAGCUGUAUUAGCUGCUUUGCCACAGUCUAUGCAACUCGAUAUUCUUGCACAGCUAAAAGGAAAGAAAAAAGAAGGGUUACUAAAGGAAGUUUACAAUCACGAACAACAUGAUGUCGAUUAUCAGGGCAAGGGCAAAGGGAUUCUUCUCCGUGAAGCUGGCAUGGUUGGUUGUAGCUCCAGACAUGACACUGUUGCACCAAGGACUGACAAUCAAGACUCAAUUGACGAAAUGUUGGCUGCAUCUAUUGCUCUGGAGGAAAAUGAAAAGUUAGUAAAUAAUGCAUCAACUUCUGUUGGGGCUUCCACUAUUGAGGAAGAUGAAGUUGACUAUGACGAAGAUGAAGAGAUGAUACUGCCAGCUAUGCAUGGUGAAGUUGAUCCACUUGUUCUAGCCUCAUUACCUCCAUCAAUGCAGCUGGACCUUCUUGUUCAGAUGAGAGAGCGUUUAAUUGCAGAGAACAGACAAAAGUAUCAGAAAGUCAAGAAGGAUCCUGCAAAAUUCUCUGAGCUACAAAUACAAGCUUACCUUAAAACUGUUGCUUUCAGACGGGAGAUAAAUGAAGUGCAGAAAGCUGCAGCUGGAGGAGGAGUAGAGGGUGUACAGACUUCACGGAUUGCAUCUGAAGCCAACAGAGAAUAUAUAUUUUCAUCAUCUUUUACUGGUGAUAAACAUGAACUUACCUCCACCGGCUUAGAGAAAAAUAAAAGUACAAAACAGAAGGCAAAAGGAACACAUUAUUCUCAGAAUCUUGCAAAUAGCAUUUUGGCUGGAAAUGAUUUUAAUAAAUCAAGUGAAUUGGUUUGCAAUGAACCUGGUGAGCCUGCUGAUGAAAAUAUUCAGACAUAUAUUGAUGACAGAGGUCAAUUUCGUGUAAGUAGAUUGAGAGCAAUGGGGAUGCGUAUGACCCGUGAUAUACAAAGAAAUUUGGAUUUGAUGAAGGAGUUCGAGCAGGAAAGUGCACAGGUGAACAAGGCUUCAAAUAUUGGAACAAUUAAAAAUGGAGAAAAUAAGGGUUCAUCAGAAAGUUCUGGGAUCCAGCCUGUUGGUAAAUCACAAGAGGUGAAUGUUGACUUAGUUGGAGAGAAUGUGCAAAAUGAACAAAUUAUGCUAGACCAGAAUGCUUCUAUCGAUAUAUCUUUUGAAUACGGUUGCAAAAAUGAGUUUGCAAAUGGUGAGGAUGAUAUAUUUUCUAGUUUAGUAGGAGGAAAUCCACUGGCGAUAUUUGGCACUGAUGAUUCUGCAGCAACAGUUCAACCUUCUCAUUCUGAUUGGGAAGAAGGAAUAGUUGAAGGUAAGAGGACUGUUUUUCCCAAACAUGAUAAGGUGGAAUUGAAGUCUUCUGUUGCAGAUGACGAUAAUAAUAAUGAAAGUGAAGUGGAAUGGGAGGAAGGAGAUUGUGAUCGUGCUAACAGCAGCUUACUGUCAGGAAAAUAUGCAUCCCGAGGGCAAUUGGAGGAGGAGUCCAAUUUGCAAGAGGCAAUAAGGAGAAGUCUUGAAAGUGCAGGGAAUGGAAAACACAAAUGUAUGUCAUUGCUUGAUGCGCAUUCAAAUACUUAUGAGAACAAAUUGGAUCACGAUUUUGAACAUGGUGAUCAUUCUGACCCAAUGGCUUUAAAUGAGAAAAGUGGGUUCCUGAAUAAUAAAAAUAAAAUGGAGGGAAUCACUUUGUGUAGGGAAGAUGGUACUGAAAAAAAGGAAUUACUUGAAACUGAAGAUAGAGAUAAAACGCAUGAUUUUGUUUCCGUUAAUAAUGCACAAACUUUCCAUUUUGAUGGAAGUCCUUCAAAGCCAGCUUUGACUUUUAUUUCAGAUAAAAAUGAGACAUUGAUUGACACAACUUGCAGAUGGGACAGUCAACCUUGUUCUGAAGAUUCAAUUUCAGAUACAAAUAUAAUGAUGAAGGACCAGGUCCCUGUGGUUGAAAAGAAGUUAUCUGAUGAACAUGAUAAUGAUAAAGUGUCUUCCUAUCAUAAGAGUACACCCAAGGCUGUUCCAGUUGGCCCAACUGAAGAGGAGAAAAAGAACUAUAUUAAGGAACCUGAACCAUUUAGUAAUUGUACUGACACUACCAAACCCACCAUUCAUUUGGGGGAGUCAUCCUUGAAAGGAGUAACAGAAGAGCUUAUUGAGCCAAACUUGGCUUCAGAGGGUAAUAAUGGAAACUUUUUUGACAAAAGGAACAGUAGCCAUGGCAGUGAUACGGUUAACAGCCCAGGGGAUUUUCCUGCUCUAGCAACUCAGGUUAGCCUGGAGGAAGAAAUUCAAAUUCUUGGUCAAGAAUAUAUUAACCUCGAGAAUGAGCAGAGGAAGCUAGAGCGGAAUGCAGAGUCGGUAAACAGUGAAUUAUUCACUGAAUGUCAGGAACUACUGCAAAUGUUUGGCUUGCCAUAUAUUAUUGCUCCAAUGGAAGCAGAAGCUCAAUGUGCUUAUUUGGAACUUGAGAAUCUAGUUGAUGGUGUUGUAACUGAUGACUCUGAUGUCCUUCUAUUUGGGGCACGCAGUGUUUACAAAAAUAUAUUUGAUGACCGAAAAUAUGUAGAGACAUACUUCAUGGAGGACAUUGAAAAGGAGCUUGGACUGACCAGAGAAAAAUUAAUACGCAUGGCUCUACUUCUUGGGAGUGAUUAUACUGAAGGUGUAAGUGGGAUUGGCAUCGUUAAUGCUAUUGAGGUUUUGAAUGCAUUCCCUGAGGAAGAUGGCCUCCAGAAAUUCCGGAAAUGGGUUGAGUCACCAGAUCCCACCAUCCUUGGAAGGUUGGAUGCAAAAAGUGGAUCAAAUUCCAGAAAGAAAGGAUCAAAAGUUGAAGAAAAGAUAAAUUCCUUAAAUUGUGAUGCUAAAGAGUCUCCAUCAGAGCAGAACCUCCCCCAUGCCCUGGAGCAAAAUAAGUUGCCAGAUUACAUUCAAGAAUCAAAGCAAACUUUCUUCAAUAAGCAUAGAAAUGUUAGCAAGAAUUGGCACAUCCCUUCUUCUUUUCCAAGUGAAACAGUUAUAUCUGCUUAUUGUUCUCCACAUGUUGAUAAAUCAACCGAGCCUUUCACAUGGGGGAAGCCAGAUCACCUUGUUCUUCGGAAAUUGUGCUGGGAGAAAUUUGGCUGGAUUGGCCAGAAAGCAGACGAAUUGCUAUUACCUGUGUUAAAGGAGUAUAAUAAACGUGAGACUCAAUUGCGGUUGGAAGCAUUUUACAGUUUUAAUGAGAGAUUUGCGAAAAUCCGUAGCAAAAGAAUUAAGAAGGCAGUAAAAGGAAUAACUGGUAAGCUGCCUUCAGAUAUGAUAGAUGAUUCUGCAGAGGUGUUGUCCAAGAGUAGGAAGAUUGGGAGAGAACCCGAGGAUAGCACAUUAGAGAUUUCAGGGGGAACAGAUAAACGUCUUGAACGUCAAAGGAAAUCAAAAAUAAAACAGUCAACGAAAAGGAAGAAUGAUACUGUUGCCAAGGAACAGUCAAAGAAAAAGAAAGACAAUAAUGAUCCGUCUUCAGCACCUGGUACAUCAGAGAUGGAGAAUUUACAGCCAAGUAUGCAGACAGAAGAACGGUGUGAUGGUAAGGCAUUAAUUCAGAAUACAAGUGGCCGAGGAAGACAUAGAGGUAUGGGAAUAAAAAGAGGAAGGGACAAGGAGAAUCUCAGUUCAUCUGCUAGCAGUGACAUUGAUGAUCAGGGACCAAGAGUGCAUGUGGAUAAGUUUCGAGAACACGUGAGAAAGUCAUUGCGAUCUCGGAAACCUGUCAACUAUUCUUUCGAAGAUCCUGAAGAUGAAGAUGCGGAUGAUGCCUUUGAUCAUAGUAAUCAGACUGGUCCAAUUGAAGAAAAUUUAUCUCAUAUUCAUGGUGCAUCUGAAGAUGGUCCAACAGAUUGCAGUGCAAUGAAUUUUCCUUCAAGGGAGAACUCACCAACCGGCCCUUUCAAGUCAGAAGGUCCGUUUUGCGUGCAUGCAGGUGAUAUUAAUCAUCCUAGUACUGGCAAUCAUGAUUCUUCUACUGGAAAUCAUGACUCUUCUGAUGACUACCUUAAAAUGGGAGGUGGAUUCUGUUUAGAUGAUGGUGACACAGUGGAUUCUACUCAAGACUUUUCACACUUUUCUGAUUGUUUGGAUGAAACUAACCGUGAUAAAAAUAGUUCAGAUAUAUUAUUUUCUGGCACUGAAAAGCCUGAAAAUGGGACAGAAGGUGGAGGAGAAUUUAAUGAAUUUGGUAUAAAGCGAAAUGACCUUGUAAAUACUAGUAGUUAUGAUCAUUCUGACGUAGGGAUCUUGAAACCAGAGAAUGUUCAUAACAAUAGUGGAGCCUCUGCUGGAGUUUUCAGUGCUAUGCCUUUUUUGAGGAAAAGAAGGAAGAAGUAAAACUUCUCUAACUUAGUGUGAGACUUAAGCACAUAUUGGUCAACCCUCCAAAUUGUUGACAUUUUAGUUAUUUAUUUUCUUGUUAUUUAAUUGUUAGGAGAAGGGACUCUUGGAAACUUUGGCUUUUCACUCAUGGUGCCUCUUAUGAGGUAUAUAUUUUGCAUAUUCUUUAACUUAAUACCGAAGAGAAUGUAAAUUGUCAUGUGACUAAAAAGUGACAAUCAAAUUUUGAUUGGUUUACUGGCUGCAUUAAAUCCUAAGACGUAUAGCUGUUACUAAUGUAUCUGUUUUGGAUGACCA